AGGGCCCAGCCCUGCACAGACAGUCCUUGCCCCAGGAGCUGGCAGCAGAUACACAGACUGGCCCAGGAAGUUCCCCCUUUUCACAAGUGGGGAGCAGAGACCCAGAGAGACUUGCCCACGGAGGGACUAAUUGGUAGCUCUGGGCACUGAAGCAGGACACCGCGGUUCCCAUCAGCACGAGUGGCUCAUUUUGCCUGGCCGGUCCCUGAACCCGAAGAGCGCAGGAUGUCUCUGAAGGCUGUCACCCUUGCUCUGGCACUUCUCGCCAUCACAGGGGCCCAUGCAGAUGUCAGUGCCCAGCAGGUGGCCGAUGUGGUCUGGAAUUACUUCACCCAGCUGACCGGCAAUGCCAAGGAGACGAUGGAGCAGAUCCAGCAAUCUGAAAUCAGCAAGCAGCUCAACACCCUCUUCCAGGACAACCUCCAGAAUGUCAACUCCUACGCGGGGGAUGUGCAGAAGAAGCUGGUCCCCUUCGCCACCGAGCUGCAUGCCAAGCUGAGCCAGGACUCAGAGAAGCUGAAGGAGCAGAUCCGGCAGGAGCUGGAGGACCUGCGCCUCAAGCUGUCCCCUUACGCCGACCAAGUGCAACAGCACAUCAGCAAGAACAUCCAGGAGCUGCAGCUCAAGCUGAGCCCUUAUGCCGAGGAGCUGCGUGGCCAGGUCAACCAGAACGCGGAUUUGCUGCGCCAGCAGCUGGCCCCCUAUGCCCAAGAGCUGCGGGACAAGCUGCAGGAGAAUGUGGACGGCCUCCAGGCAGCCCUGGCCCCCUAUGCCGAGCAGCUCCAGCAGCAGAUUGACAAAAACGUGGCGGACAUGAAGGAGAAGCUGGCGCCCUUGGCUGACAAGCUCCAAGUGAAGAUAGACCAGAACGUGGAGGAGCUGCGCAAGCAGCUGGCCCCCUACGCCCAGGACGUGCAGGACAAGCUCAAUCGCCAGCUUGAGGGCCUGUCCUUCCAGAUGAAGAAGGGUGCAAAGGAGCUGCAGGCCAAGCUCUCGGAGAGCGCGGAAGAGCUGCGCCUGAAGCUGAACCCUUAUGCCGAGGAACUGAAGGAGAAGCUGCGCACGGAUGCCGAGGGUCUGCGCCAGUCCCUGGGCCCCUACGUGGAGGGCCUGAGUGGGCAGAUGGAACAGAAGAUUGAGGAGUUCCGCCAAACCGUGGGCCCCUACGGGGAGGCCUUCAACAAGCAGCUGGUGCAGAAGGUGGAGGAGAUGAGGCAGAAGCUGGGCCCCUACGCUGGGGAAGUGGACGAUCAUCUCAGCUUCCUGGAGAAGGACGUGCGGGACAUGGUCACCUCCUUCCUCAGCACCAUCAAGCAGAUCGAAAACUGAGGGGAUC